AUAUCUUAUUUCUUCUGGAUAUAUCUAGUUGAACGAUCGUUGCCGCCAAUUACAGCUCACUAUUGAGUCAUCAGUAGUUCAGCACAAUUUCAUCAAUUCAUUCCUGUAGUUGCAGGUUGUUUAAUUCUAUAUAAGCUCAUGAAAUAUCAGUAUUCAUCUAAGGCAAGAAUCAGUAUCAACUAUCAGCAAUGGCACAUCACAAUUCCACUUCAGGUCUAGUUGGGAAACUUGUUACUGAAAUGGAGGUUAACUGCAACGCCGAAAACUAUUACCAAAUAUUUAAGCAGCAUGAAGGCGUUCCAAAAGCAAUACCUCAUAUUUUUACGAGCAUGAAAGUUCUUGAGGGACAUGGACUUACUUCCGGUUGUAUCAAGGAAUGGCACUAUCUUCAUGAGGGCAAAGCACUCAAAUUCAAGGAGACCACGACAUAUAACGAUGAAGAAAGGACGAUAUGUCACAGCGUUAUAGGAGGUGACUUGUUGAAUGAUUACAAGAACUUCAGUGCGACACUUCUGGUUAAGGUUAAGCCUAUGGGUCAUGGAACUACGUACCUGGCUCCGCCAGCGCAGCCAGCUCCCAAGCAACAUUUUAGCCAACCAGCCCAGCCGGCAUCCAAGCAUCAUCAUUUUAGCCUUCAUAGGCCUCAUUUAAACCAACCAGCACAGCCAGAUUCCAAGCAUCAUCUUAGUCUUCAUAGGCCUCAUUUAAACCUUUGCAAGACCAUUUCACACUGCCCACUGACCGGCCGUGUCUUGGGUGUGCAAGAUUCUUCCCCACCUGCUCCUACCUACGUGGCUCCGCCAGUUCCUACAUACGUGGCUCCGCCCAUGCAUGGAAGCACUGUGAUGUGGAUUAUAGAUUAUGAGAAGAUCAAUAAGGAUUCUCCAAUCCCCGUUCCUUAUCUGGCUUUCUUCCAUCAGAUCAUUGUAGACUUGAACUCUCACUUCUCCGCUUCUUAUUAAAUUAUGGAUAGAUAUGCAUGCCCACGGAUUUAUAUAUAUGUAUGCAACGACAAUCACAGUGUCUUGUGUACGAUAUAUGUGUGGAAAUAAAAAACUAUAUAUAAACGUGGACAUGCCAAAAAUCUAUUUUCGGCCUAAUCAAGGCUUUACUUAUUGCAUGUGUAUGAGUGGUUUGUUUCAUAAUACUAGGGCAUAUGAAUAAGUGAAUGAAUUAUGUAAGUCAUUUGGAUUGAUUCUUUCAUGUUAUAAUAAGAUAAAAAACAAACAUUCAGAAUAA